AUGCGUCGCGCAAUCUCUCGCGGCCUGGGUGCUUCCAGCCGAUCUACUCCCGCCCUUUCUCGAUCUUCUCUCCUCGCCUCAUCUAACAUCACAAGCGGUGCAUCCCACGUCGCUGCCAGGCGCAUCCAUGCGACAAGCAAACAGCUUCAGCCCGUGACGGCUGCCCUGGCCUCAACCGCCAGCAGUUACCCUACCACUCACGCAAAGGUCGAGGCGGUCGAUACUCCCUACUUCAUCGACAACAAGUUUAUUUCCUCCUCGACCGAUAAGUACAUUGACUUGCACGAUCCUGCUACCAACGAGCUCGUUACUCGCGUCCCUCAAAUGACCGACGCUGAGAUGAAGGCUGCUGUUGCAAGCGCCGAGAAGGCCUUUAAGUCAUGGAAGAACACUACUGUCAUCUCUCGACAGCAGAUCAUGUUCCGAUUUGUCCAGCUUAUUCGUGAGAACUGGGACCGUCUCGCUGCUAGUAUUACUCUCGAGCAAGGCAAGACCUUUGCUGACGCCAAGGGUGAUGUCCUUCGUGGCCUUCAAGUCGCUGAGGCUGCUAUUGCCGCCCCAGAGCUUCUCAAGGGUGAGGUCCUUGAAGUCUCCAAGGACAUGGAGACCCGAACCUACCGUGAGCCUCUGGGUGUCACCGCUGCUAUCUGCCCCUUCAACUUCCCUGCCAUGAUUCCCCUUUGGUGCAUCCCUAUUGCCACAAUCACUGGAAACACCCUCAUACUUAAGCCUUCUGAGCGUGACCCCGGUGCUGCCAUGAUCAUUGCUGAGCUUGUCCAGAAGGCUGGCUUCCCUGAGGGUGUUGUCAACAUCAUUCACGGCGCCCACCGCACCGUCGACUUCAUCCUUGAUGAGCCCGCUAUCAAAGCGAUCAGCUUCGUUGGUGGUAACAAGGCCGGCGAGUACAUCUUCAGCCGUGGUUCCGCCAAUGGCAAGCGUGUUCAGGCCAACCUGGGCGCCAAGAACCACGCCGUCGUCUCUCCUGAUGCCAACAAGAACCAGUUCAUCAACUCCAUUACUGGUGCCGCUUUCGGUGCUGCCGGUCAGCGCUGCAUGGCUUUGAGCACUCUUGUUAUGGUUGGCGAGACCAAGGAGUGGCUCAACGAGGUCGCCGAGCAAGCCAAGCAUCUCAACGUCAAUGGUGGCUUUGAGGAGGGCGCCGAUCUCGGUCCCGUCAUCUCCCCGCAGAGCAAGGAGCGUAUCGAGAAGCUCAUUGAGUCUGCCGAGAAGGAGGGCGCUACUAUUCUUCUCGAUGGCCGUGGCUACAAGCCCAGCAAGUACCCUAACGGCAACUGGGUUGGCCCUACCAUCAUCACCAAUGUCACACCUGACAUGACCUGUUACAAGGAGGAGGUCUUCGGCCCAGUCCUUGUUUGCCUCAACGCAGAGUCCAUUGAUGACGCUAUCGACCUUGUUAACAAGAACGAGUAUGGUAAUGGUACUGCUAUCUUCACCAGGUCUGGUGCUACUGCCGAGACCUUCCGCAAGAACAUUGAGGCUGGCCAGGUGGGCAUCAAUGUCCCUAUCCCUGUCCCUCUGCCCAUGUUCUCUUUCACUGGUAACAAGAAGUCUAUCGCUGGUGGUGGUGCCAGCACAUUCUACGGAAAGCCUGGCAUCAACUUCUACACUCAGCUCAAGACUGUAACAGCUCUAUGGCAGAGUGCUGAUGCCGUUGCUAAAAAGGCUGAUGUUUCCAUGCCUACCCAACAAUAA